CGUUGUAAGUAUGGCGGCUGCUGUUGUUGAGUUACCGACGCAAGAAAACUUGAAUGGCGAGAUUGAUAAACCAUCUGAAGACAAACUGAACAAUGAAAGUGAUGGCAGUCAGAGAAGAAGAAGGAAGCGAGGAUUUGAUGUGGGUCCUGGAGGAGUUAGUCCCUGCAGCUAUGGCUUGAUGCCAGGAUAACGAACAUCAUGACAUUGACUCAAUCUUUGGUGAUUCCCCAACAUCCGGUGCAACAAAUGGUGAUGCAGAAGACCAACCUAUUGACGACGGUUCCAAAGGAGAGCUUGUAAUUGGGCCAGGUGCAGGCGGCAUGCAGCCACGCCCCUCUGAAGUGAAGAAAGCUUUGCCACCUCUCACCUAUCAGCAGGAGGAAAUGCUCAAGAAAGCUAAGAGAUAUGCCAUGGAACAGUCUGUGCAACAGGUGCUGGCAAAACAGCAAGCUCUUCAGCAGCAACAGAUGUCCGCACUGCAGACCGCUGCUCAGCGACAAAGAGCUCUAGCCUUGAUGUGCAGGGUCUAUGUUGGAAGUAUCAACUUUGAGCUGCGUGAAGAACAUGUUCGACAAGCGUUCAUUCCUUUUGGUCCAAUAAAAAAGAUUGACUUGUCCUGGGAUCCCCUCACUAUGAAGCACAAGGGCUUUGCAUUUGUGGAGUAUGAUUUACCUGAAGCAGCCCAACUUGCUUUGGAGCAAAUGAAUGGAGUUCUACUUGGCGGAAGGAACAUUAAGGUGGGUCGUCCAAGUAAUGUUCCACAAGCAGCGCCACUCAUUGAGCAGUUUGAACAAGAAGCAAAGAAGUAUGCAAGAAUUUACGUUGCCUCAGUUCACCCGGACUUGGCUGAAGAUGACAUCAAAAGUGUGUUUGAAGCAUUUGGUCGAGUGCAGAGCUGUACUCUUGCUCCAGACACAAUGCCUGGCAAACACAAGGGAUAUGGCUUCUUGGAGUACGAAAAUCAACAGUCCGCAACUGAUGCCAUUGCAUCUAUGAAUCUUUUUGACUUGGGAGGACAGUACCUAAGAGUUGGUCGAGCCAUCACACCGCCAGCAUCUGCACAAGGCAGUAAUGGCACACUACCUCCAGCAGCUGCAAUGGCAGCUGCUGCGGUAUCUGCAAAAAUACAAGCUCAGGAGCAAGGGUUGGCAAGUACAUUUCCAGCUAUCACAAUCGCCGGUAGUACAGUAAUCACUUCCAUUGUGGGUACAGCAGGCUUGGUUGCUUUGCCAACUAUGGCAGCUGGCACUUUGGCCCCAGGAACCCUGGCACCAGGAGUGAUGUCGACAAGUAUUGCCGCUCAACCAAUCAUGACAGCUUCUACAGCACUGUUGGCAGGACCACCAACAGCAGUAGUGACACCAGUUGCUGCCACUCCAGUGGUCACGACAACAGGUCUUCCAGUCCAACCAGCAGCUGUCCAGCAGUUACAGCUUCAACAGCAACAACUUCAACAGCAGCAGUUACAGCAACAGCAGCUUGUACAGCAACAACAGCUACAACAGCAGCAACUGCAGCAACAGCAGUCGGCCCAGGUAAUCGCUCAGCAGCAAGCUGAGGUGCGUGCUAAGAUCGAGGAAGAAACGCAAAGGAAGGUGGCAGAAAGUAGCAUAAGCCACGAGGAGAACAUGUCAAUUUCAGGAAGUAACGCAAGAUACAUGGUCAUGCAGAAACUGUCACGCAAAAGUGAGUCCAAAGUGCUUGUUCUGCGCAACAUGGUUGGAGUUGAAGAUUUGGAUGAAGACUUAGAACAUGAAGUAACAGACGAGUGUAGCAAGUUUGGCGUGGUCAAUAGAGUUGUGAUCUAUAAUGAGAAGCAAGGUGAAGAAGAGGAUGCUGAGGUCAUAGUCAAAAUCUUUGUGGAGUUCACACAAACGUCAGAAACUGAGAAUGCAGCCAAUGCCCUCAAUGGGAGAUGGUUUGGAGGCCGUGUAAUUAAAGCUGAGGGAUAUGAUGAACUCAAAUUUGGUGCAGGAGAUCUGUCUGGAUAGUACUUGUCUUUGUGCCCUGCAACCCUGUUAAAAGACUAUCAGUGAUCUCAAAACAUACAGGCAUUGCAGUUGUUGUAGAAAGGCAAAGUCUACCGCUGCCUUUACUGUGGUACCUGCAAUAAGCAACAUGACUUGUUUGUUGGCAUGUGUUGUUUCUCAAUUCUUCUCAAAGGUUCCUCCAACCUAACCAAUAAUUGGAGUUUAUAUUGGUUUAGACAGUACACAGGUUACAGUAAGGAAGUAAGAGUACAGUAUCUAAAAAUAAGUUACAUUAGAAUCACUGACCAACACUAACAUAUCUAUAAUACAUGUAAUUAUAUACAGUAUAUUACUGAAAGAAGACAUUUGCUGAUUGUUAAGACAAGUGCCAUUGUACAUAAUUUUCAUAAACUCAGAUUUCAGAAGCCUUUUGAUUGGGGCACUUGUUUGCUACAUCAUCUUCAAGCAGCAGUAGUUUGUUGUCCAUUAAUUUUGUGUCAAUACUUCAGUCCUCCAGUUUACUCCUACUUUAAGAACCCAACUAAAUUGUAAGGAUUUCUUUAGGUUUACAAACCAGUACUAUUUUGCCGUGAGUGCAGUUCUCUGACUCAUGUUGAACUCGGGUUUAGCAGCUUAGUUUAUAAACUGGAAUCUUUGAACUUGAUAGUUUGUUACUCAAGAAAGUGUGUUGGCCACAAUUUCAAUAGACAAAUGUAGGUUUGAGGCAGUUAAGGCAUAGAUAAACAAAAAAACAUUCUGAUACACAAUGACUCUGUAUAUUAUAAUUUUACUUGGUAAUAAAAGAAGCAGCUAUAGUGAUGAUUA